GAGUCGGCGAAGUACGGGAAGCACUGCAUCAUGAUCGAGGGCUCGGGCGGGGUGAGGUCCUUGUUGUACAUCGGCUUGCUGAAUGGCUUCUGGGACCUUCCAGUCUCGUACUUGAAGCGCUUGUGCGACUACAAGGGCUGGGACGUCGGCUGCUGCUCAAUCACGGGGGUGCUGACGGCGCUGGCGAAGCACAUCUUGCCCGUCUUCUCCGAGUCCGUGCUGCUCUCCAUCCUGAUGCGCCGCAUCAAGACGAUGGACGCGGUGGAGCACAUCGAGGACAUGCUGGAGCUGGAGUGGGUCGCAGACAUCUGCGACAAAGGUGUUGCAGACGAACUGCAUCAACAGGCUGCUGCUGCCCGCGCGCACAAGUCCCUGCGCAGUGAGGUCUUGAGCGACUACCACGAGCUCAAGGUCAAGGUCGGCGGCAAGCCAGUGACGAACGUGAAGCACAACAGGCAUCCAUUAUAUGGGCACCGCUUUCCGCCGAACCCCCCAUCUCCAGAAGAUGAUUUAGAUCAGGCGCAGGCAAAGCUCUACCUCCCGCCAGGGGCCUACCUCUGGCGUGCGAACACGCACGGCCAGUGGCGAUUCCACAUGCCGAAGUACGAGUUUCGUGGACAGGCUAGCUGGUCCGCGUUCGGGGGCUCCUCAUUCGAAGCGAUGCGGGACUGCCUCAAGCGGACUUGGGAGCGUUUCCUUGAGAAGCACAAGCUCCCGAAG